AUGGAUGAACUUCGUAAACAAGUUCUCUCUCACACUGCUGGUGAAGAGCGGGUUGAGGUUAAUCAAAGGCACUUAAUUGAUAAGAUCUUGGCGAGGUAUUCGGCAGAGUUUGUAGUAUUCCGGGAGCUAAUGCAAAAUGCAGACGACGCAAAGUCUUCUAGUGUAGAAAUUAUAUAUGAAACUCAGAACAAAAGUGCAGAAAAAUCCAAUAUAUUAAAAGAUAAGUGUGUAAGAAUAUUAUUUAAAAAUAAUGGCUUCGCGUUCCGUCCUGAAGAUUGGAGUCGAUUAAAGAAAAUUGCUGAAGGGAAUCCUGAUGAACAAAAGAUCGGUGCUUUUGGAGUUGGAUUCUAUUCAUUGUUUUCUGUUUGUGAAGAGCCAUUUGUAUCCUCGGGAGGUCAAGGCAUGGCAUUUUAUUGGAAAGGCGAUCAGUUAUUUGCUAAACGCGCUGUCAUUAAUCAAGAAGAUCAAACAUGGACAACUUUUCUUAUGGAUAUGAGAGAUCAUGCGGAGUUUCCAAACGCCGAAGAUUUUGGUCGAUUUUUGGCCACAUCGCUAGGUUUCACGGGAAAUCUUCGCGAAGUAUCCGUGUAUUUCAAUGAUAAAAGGAUUAUACGCAUCACAAAAAAAAUGUCGGAUCCAAGGACUAUGACUAUAUUCUCUGGCUUAAAUACGACAUCGCCAGAAAGAAUGUUCAAUUUAAGAUCUGUUGAUGUACGGAAUGUGCAAUUAGAUGUCGAGAGGACAAUUAUUCCAUCAAAAUUUUCUUUAACGAGAUCGACUUUGAAUGAUUAUCCGACGGAAGAAACAUCCAUAUUUCUUCGAGUCGCUAGUGGCCAUUUAGAUGUACGAGUAUCCAGAGCAUUUUCGGCAGAUAUGGAGCGUACAACAAAAAAGAAACCACCGAGUCAAACUACUGUUCAGAUGAUAUUUACUGGAUAUGACGAACAGUAUUUUUCUGAAGAUAAAAAUAAGAAAAUAUCCGGGAUAUUUAAAAAUUUAUUACCAUUUCCUGAACAAGGUAGAAUCUUUAUCGGAUUUCCUACACACCAGACAACUGGUUGCAGUUCUCAUUUGGCGGCCCGCUUAAUUCCAACAGUUGAGCGCGAAUCUAUUGAUCUAGUCGAUAAAACUCUUGCUGUUUAUAACAAUGAAAUGUUAUGUCUCGCUGGGAUUCUGUCAAGAAUAUUGUACGAAGAUGAAAUAAUUCAAAUAUCUAAAAUUUACAAAGAAAUAGUUGGUUCAAACGCAAAGGCUGAUAAAGCUACUAAUUCGGCGCGUGAGUGGCUUGAAAAACGAGCUGCACAUGCACUUUCUCAUUUUACGUUUAAACCUAGCACACCUAAUCCACACGUUGGCCAAAUUAUUGAGUCUCAAUUUUUAAAUUGUGCUUCGCAGCCCUUAUCUAUUAUGUCAACUAUUGGUGUUCAACCAAUUAACUUUGUACGAAUGCCUAACUCAGAAAUGGCGACUUUCAUUAAAACUAUUCCCACAAUUCCCAAAAUUGUCAUGGAACAAUGUGAUGUUUUUAUUAAAAAAGCUAGAAAUAAGAUGAACAUUAUUAAAGAUAUUUCACUCGGCGAUGUCUUUAAUGAAUUACAAAACCGCACUCUUUCACAAGAGGACACAGUGGCGCUGAUGAAGUGGUGGAUAGGUUAUCGAACCAAAGAACAAGUUUCAGAAUCAGAUGUUCAACAACUAUUAAAACUUGCCGUAGUUUGUAUUGAUGACAAUGUGAUACCAUUAAAUAAAAUUCAACAUUGGUUAAAUCCUGCUGUGAUUCCGCCGGAUUACGAAGUUCCAUCUAAUGUUUUGCCUUAUUCAAUAAAACUUUCACUUGCUACCUGGACACAAUACAUCACGACCAAACCACAGCUAGAAAAUGAUCCCGACUUUGCGGAGAAGGUUCUUGGAAUCAUUGCAAGAAGUUAUCAGAAAUGUUCAUCAAACGACCAGAAUACGAUCAAACAGUUGCUUGUUGAAAAAAAGUGUAUUCCUACAAAGCACGGAUUGAAAAUACCGGACGAUUCGUACUUCCCAAAUGUAGACCUCUUCCCGGAUCUACCAAUUAUUAACUUCCAGAAUGUUAAAAUCGUCGAAAAGUUGUUACAAAAAUUGGGAGUUCGGAAACAUGUCGAAUUGCAACUCAUUUUCGAUCGCCUGGUUAGUCAAGGAAAUUGGGAUCACAUGCAACUUGUUAAAUACCUUGCUUCAGUAUCUAACAACCUCAAAGAAAUCGAGUUGAAAAGACUGAAGGUUACCGCGAUUUGGCCAAAAGAACAAAAUACGAAACACGAAACUUCAUUAAACGGCGAUGAUAUUAAAUCCAAGCCAAAGGUUCAUAGGUUCUUAGCAAGUGACCUAUAUGCACCAUUAGCUGAAAUGAAAGAAUUUGGGAUGCCUUUAAUUGAAUGGAACGGCAAAUGGCGGAAAAACAGUGAAGAAGCGAAAUUUCUUUUGUCAUUGGGUUUGCGAGAAUAUCCACCGCUUAAAGUUAUUCUCCAACUUGCUGAUGUCUCUAAUUCAGAUACGGUAUUAAGGAGCAAAGCUCUGAAAUAUUUUAUGGACAAUUUUAAAGAUAAAUAUUCUUCUGAGUAUAAGGCUGAAGAAAUAAAAUUGGCAUUUUUGCCAUGUAUCGAUCCUAAAAUCUAUGAGACACCAAAGGGCUGUUUUUCCAGCCCUGAAUGCACAAUAAUGAAUUUUAAUGCAUUACACCAAGAUUUACGUUUUCGUGCUGACGAAUUGGGUAUCAGACAACAUCCAAGCCGUGAACAACUCUUGAAUAGAUUAAUCCAAAAUCCACCUGAAAAUGAGCAAAGGGCUAAAUAUAUGUUUGGUUACUUGGCAUCUCGAUUGGGAGAUUUUAAUCAUACAGAUUGGUCAACGCUUAAAGAUCUCAAUUUUAUUCCAAUCAGAGACAAAGCUCAGACUAAUUUGAUAAAAUAUGUCACACCAAGAAGUUGCUUUUUCAAGGGCUCUGAUGAAACCUAUUCCGAAUUCUUUUCAUAUGUAGAUUUUGGAGAAAAAGCAAAUAAAUUUUUGCUCGGUUGUGGUGUUAAAGCUGAGCCAUCUCCAGCAGAAUUUGCCGAAUUCCUCGUGAAGUCUUCGCAAGAAUUUUGGAAUUCUGUCGGCGAUAAUGUGGAAAAAUAUCUCACUGUUCUUCGUAAUAUUGCAGUCAAUUCCAAUACUAUUUCUAGAAAUCGAUCGUUACUUGCCGACAUGAGUCGCGCCCCUAUAUUAAUUGGCAUAAAAAAGAAAGAAAUUGCAGCGGACAAGGAAAAUUUUGAUUAUAAAGGACAGGAGAUUGACCAUUAUGUUUUGGCUCCCGCAAAAGAUAUUUUUAUAAAUGAUGAUACAAAUUUUCAGCAUGUUUUUAAUCCGUUGACUGCGCCUAUGGAAGAGAUUUUGGAAAAUUUUUAUAAGAUGUUAGGAAGUCGUUCGUUGUCUGCUAAUGUUAGAGCAAGCGUACAAGUAAAAGGCAAUCCGAUGGCUUCUACAGGUUCCGCGAAAUUGCAAAAAACAAUUAGAGAAAGGGCUCAGUUAUUUUAUCAUGAUAUUCACCGAACUGAAGUUAAGCAAUCAAUCGAUUGGGUUCAGAAGUUAAAAGUCAUGGAGAUCGAUCAGAUUGAGGCUACUUAUGAGCUUAUAACUAAUAAUCAAACAAAAGUUGAACCAAUAUAUUCAUAUAUUCUUAAAGAUACGCGAUUUAAUAACUCAUGGACUUUAUAUGUCACUUCUGGUGAGCCAGACUAUCUCGACAUUGCGACGAACCUCGGAAAACACAUUUUUAGGAAGUGUAAAUGGAAAGAUAUUUCUCAUUUGGCAAUGUUAUUGACCACGCCCUUAGAUAGUUUAAAGCGCAAAGGAUAUCCAGUUGACCGUAUCAUGUUAAGUUAUAAAAAACCGAUGGGCAUUGCUGAGAAAUAUGAAACUCCAAAGCCUCCAAAACCUCCUACAACUCCUGAAGUCCAACCGCAAGCUGGUCCCAAUCCGAGUUCGAAUGUUUUUCCUAUAAAGCUUGCACCAGAAAUUGAAGAAUAUGCUAUUCAAUUGCAGGAAUUAUUUCCAAAAUGUGAUCCAAAUUAUAUUCGUCAAUGUUUAGCUCAAGAAAAGACUGAUCAUUUACAGAAAGUUGCUAAUAAGUUGGCAGAAUCAAAGUAUCCGGAGAUUGAACCUAAACCCCAGCCGAACGGACUUUCUGACAACGAGGAUGGUAGACCGGGGACAAAAAAAUCUGGCUGGAGUGGGAGUAUUUUUAAAUCAUUAUCUGAUCUUUUGCCAACAAAUUCUACAUCGACCAGUAGCGAAUCACAGAAACCAGCAUUAGUCCAGAAACAACCACAAAAUUCACAGCCUACUCAACCUAUCGAGACUCAGAAACAACCACAAAAGACACAGAUUACCCAACCUAUCGAAACUCAGAAACAAUCACAAAAGACACAGACUACCCAACCUAUUGAGGUUACACCACAAUCUACCCAAAAUCUUCGUAAUGCGCUAAAAGAUGCUGUCAGGUCUUGUCGUCCUAAUUCAGGGGCUUCGGUAAAUAGUCAAGGGGGAAUUAAUAUUGUUUCUGAAAGUCAAACAAGUUAUUGUGACGUUUUGCCAGGGCAUUCGCUCAACUACGUAGGCAACUAUAAUGGAAUUGAACUUUAUAUCGAAAUAAAUUUGAACAAUCUAGAAAUUUUUAAAACACCAUCUUUACCCCGAUUUAUCAACAUUCUCAAGGAUUUGGGUGAAGUCUUUGCAGUUCCACAAAAUGCAAUUCAUAUAUUUUACGAUACUACUUCGAACUCAAUUGCAUUCAAUCGUGGCAAAGCAUUGUUUUUCAACUUUCGAUUCUAUCUUGGAUUACAUGACGAGACUGAAUCUAACAGGCCAUCUGCUGAUACCAUAUUAUAUUGGUUUAUGACGUUUUGUCAUGAGUUGGCACACAAUUUCGUUGGACCACACAAUUCAGAACACGAGGUGAGCAUUAAUUCUACAUGA